ACUUUGUCCAACAGAAAGCCAAUGUUCCAAGAUUUUUUGGGGAUGAAAGUCGGUAUUGAUUCGUCUGUUGUAUUGGCUCCAAAGACUGGUGAGGCAAGACUUGCAGAGGCGUCCCCAUCGGCUUCUGCCUCUCUGGGGACGUCUUCCGGGGGCGCCCGUGGACCCAUAUCCACCACCUCUGAUCUGGGUUCAGUAGAAAGACAGGUUGGAGAUCAUCUUGAGGGAGUUCCAUUUUAUGGUCCUAGGAGUGAUGUUUCUGGACAUGAUAUAAACAACAGAUUAGCCGGUAAUAAGCGAAGCAAUUCGGAUUCUAUAUUUAUGGGAUCAUCCAGAGAGAGGAUUCCUCAGAUGGGUCAUGACUCCCUUGAGAGCUUGCGCUUGAUGAAGAUGCUUCGGAAUGGGUCUGGGGGAGAGCAUCCUAGAAGGUUCAGCAACGAUGAAGUGUUAUAUGGCAUGCGGUCCCUGAGGCCAACUUCUGCUUCUCUCAUACUGCAGCCUCCUUCUGGGAAUAGAUUUGAUGCGAAUACUUCCAAGUGGGAGCGAUCCAUUCCCAUGGGUCCAUUGGUGCGAUAUCCAUCUCGCGGGGCCCAAUUUGUGCCUUUUAUGCAGCAAGUACCUUCAAAUAGGUUCAAAGAUGCCCACAUUGGUUCUACAAAUAUAUCUCAAUCCGCUGCUGACGAAGGAUCUAGAACUGGAAUCAAGGGCCCUGGGAUUUUCAGUUCCCUUAAGACCGGUGGUGGUGUCUCUGACAACAACUCAACUGGCACGCUGCUCAGUGGUAGCAGAGCAAAGUCUGGGAUUCAUGUUUCAGAACUGGAAUCACAUACGCUGAAUCGACAGGGAUUAAGGUCCGCCAGUCGGCAGAUGACUAUAUUUUAUGGUGGUCAAGCUCAUGUUUUCGAUGAUGUUCAUCCAAACAAGGCAGAUGUCAUAAUGGCUUUAUCUGGAUCAAAUGGAGGAUCAUGGUCAACAACCUACUCUCCAAAAUCCACUGCAAGGCCAGCAAGUGAUGAUGGCAUGUCCCGUGGAGAGUAUGAAACAGGCGUAGCAGAUGAUGCUGCAUUCCCUCGUGGGAGGCGUAGCAGAUGAUGUCCUCGAGUGCAAAAUCCAUUGUUUUUGUAAUUCCAUUGUUUUAAAAAACAAUAGAAUUAAGAACGAUCGGAUAGAAACUAUCAUCGAUGGUGGAUCUUGUUGGAAAGAGUUUUAUGCGUUGAUUUUGAAUAUGUAAUUUUUUU